UAUUAGGGUGAUGGCACCAGUAAUCGACAUGUACCCAGUGAUCGACAUCUAACCUAGUCUUAAGGAAAAAAUAAGAGUUAUAUUUUGAUUUCCCGUCAUGGCAACACUUAAUCAUAGACAACAGGACUCCCUCUGUCGUCACAAAACAGAACUUUGGGCUCGGCCAUUUGUUUUCAAAAUGGCGAGCUAAAUAUUACUGUCACCGUUUGUGUUCCUUAGCUAAUCCGAUUUUAUUAGCGAAAUCCAUAACAAGAUGGCACCCAGAAAAAAUUAUACGUCCGAGCAAAUGGCUAAAGCUGUUGAUGCUGUCCGCAAAGGCGAAAAAGUUGCCGUUGCUCCACUGCUGAAAAAAGCUAUAGAAAAAUUAACUCCUGAUUGCAUUAAAAACGGAUUCAGGGCCGGAGGCUUGUUUCCAUUUGGUCCCGAUUAUAUCGAUAUGUCCAAAAUCAAAAACAGAGAAGAAGCUUCAGUUAUUCAGUCCAAUCCAGCAUUAACAGAAUUUGUUAAAUAUUUAGAAAAAGAGAUAAUUGGUGUUUUUUCAGAAGAGAAGUUAGCUAUGUUUCAGAAUCUGUUCUAUAAAAAAAGAGACACAGUUGAAAGUGACCUUCCCGAGGAAGACACCGCUUUGUACGUUAUAUGGGCCAAGAACAAAUCUAAAUGCUACUCUGACGACUGUGCAAGUUCAUGCAACAUCCUGCCGACAUCUGAAGUUAUUGAGUCACAUUCGCCAUCAACCCUGGAACCGAUUAAUAUUUCAAUGGAUAUUAUAGACCAUGUAUCUCACUCCGAGACGGUAGUGGCUGAAAAAGAAGUUAUAGACUUCGGAAACUCUUUAACACCUCAAAAUUAUUCUUUAGCCUCAGUUGAAGAUAUAAGAGAACAAUCACCUAUUAUUGUUGACAGCGGUUUUGGAGGGGUUAAUCAAAAUCUUGAAGUUGAAGAUUUUAAUACAUUGCAGAGAGUUGUUGAGUGUACGCCCAAAAAGAUAUCUACAAUUACUCAUCCUCCGUCACCAUCAAUACUUCAGCUUCCCAGUGAUCCAGCUGUUACUGAAAGCAAUGGCAUACCCCAACCUGAAAUAAUAACGACGGCAAACAGUCAGUGGGCAGUAGACAACACAAUCACGUCGAGCAUUGUUCCCGAAAAUAGAUCACCUUUUUUGACUCCAGACAGACCAACACGCGCACCUAUUUCAAGAACUAUUCAUACAGAUAAAAUAGCACCCACAAAAAAAACGAUGGAUGAUGCAUUAGGUAUUAUAGUACCAUCACCUUUUAAAAAGUUUCUUUUUUGGCCGGAAGACGAUAUAAAUAAAAAGAAAAAAAGAAUAAAGAGAGAAAAAAUACCAGCAGCAGUAACAAGCAAGGCAUGGCGCGAAUACCAUGAAAAUAAAGAAAAUGAGAAAAAAAGGCAACAAAAAGAAAAAGAAAACCAUUUCUAAAAAAAAUAAAAAGAAGAUACCCCGAAUUGAAUCAUCUUCAGAAGAGUCAAGUUUAGAGAUUGAGUUUGCUGAAAGUGAUUGCAGCUAUGCUGAAGAUAAUAUUUCGGAAGAUAACGACAGAGAAAAUAUAAUCAACAAAAUCAGUAAAUCAGUUAACAGUGAAAGAAAACCAUUAAAACGUAAAAAACCAGUGUCUCCCACCACCACUGACUCUGAUUUUGACAUAGAUGCCUCAUGCUCACUUAGCACACUUACUACUAAGAAGAAAGUAAGUAAAACUAGACAAACAAAUAAAAUUACUUCAGGAUGUUACGUAAUAGUAAUGUACGAAAAUAAAUACUUUCCCGGGAAGGUAGAAAAGGUAGAGAAUAAUCUAUUCGAAGUUAGUGCAAUGGUUUUGUCAAUGGGCAACACCUUUAGAUGGCCUGAAAAACCAGAUAAAAUAUGGUACAGAUUUGAUCAAAUAAUUGAGAAAAUUGAUACACCCGUGCGUCUCAACAAUAGAGGGUUUUAUAAAAUCAAAGAAAUGCAAAAGUAUUUACCUGACAUAUAUAAUUAAGGAUCUCAGUAAAAAUAUGUGAUAUAUAAAUAUAUAUAUAUAAUAUAAAAUUUGGUAAAACGUUAGGUAUAUAUAUACUUACUUGGAUAAAAUAUGUGAUCGUUUUAUAGAACUUAGUUGCUCACUCACUUGUUUGUUCCUAACAGAGAUAUACAUAUUUAUUUAAAGGUAAGAGUCACUAGUUCUUCACUUAAUUAUUUUUCUACUUAAUAUAUAUUUUAUAUAGGUAGUAUUUUAAGGUUAACGUCAGACUGAUUAGUAAGUUCUACAAAAGAAACAUUAUUUAAAUUACGAAGAUCUCCUUCGAUUACAGUUAAUGUUAACAUAGAUAUUAUGAGUCAUUUUGAUUUAUAUUUUUUAUAAUUGCAAAAUGCAAUACAGUAGGUUGAACAUCUGCUAUCUACCUUCACUAUUGUUCCGUAGGUUACGGAUUUUUAUGGUUAAAGUAAUUUGUAAGCAUUGGUGCUACACGCUACAUGUUUAACUUGAAGAAGAAUUAGAUUGAUAUUUUUGAGAAACAGUAGUUAGGUAUAUUGAAAUUAUUCAGAAUUCUAUAAAUGUUAUAAACAUCAACGUUAAAAAAGUUCGUUACUUAUUUAUUUGUAAGUAGUUUAAGUUGUCAGACUGAAUUUUAAUUUUGUAGCAUUUGUACGCAUUUCUGAUAUUUGUAAUUUUAAGUUGUAAGACUGAUUAUUAAAUUUUGUAAUAAUUUGUACGCAUUUGUGAUAUUAGGACGCAUUAUGUGAAAUAAAUACUUAACUAAAUAUUUUACUGUCUUUAAUUACUGGUUUUUCCUAUUUUUACGACAUCAUUGUCGAUAACAGGAUGUUGAUAACUGGGUAGGUGUCGAUAAGUGGUAGUCGAUCGUUGGAUUUUGAAUGUCGAUAACUGGAGAUUCUGAUGAUUUUUUAAAUUUAAUUUAUAUUCUAAUAACCAUUAUUAAUUAAUUUAAAAUUUGCAGCACAUAUUAUUCUUAUACUAUUUCUUUAUGAUUUUCACCAACUUCAAUGGUUCUUGGUAUUAUAGAUUUUGAGUAAUCGCUAUUCAUUGAACAUGAUGCUCUAAAAGUGUUGAUUACUGGUGCCGUC